AUGAAAAAGUCAAAUUUCAAUCUUUGGUUUUCUGGAGAACGAACGAGAGUCGGUGACUUGUUGAUUUCUGUGAUUGGAUCUCUAGUGAAAAUGGCAUGCCAGGCCAUGCAUUAUUGGACUUUCAGUGGGUUGGUUGGUGCUUUUGUUGAUCUUGCUAUUGCUUAUCUCUUACUUUGCGCAUCAACUAUUACUUUUUUUGCUUCAAAGUUUCUGGGUAUCUUUGGAUUGUGCCUGCCUUGUCCUUGCAAUGGACUAUUUGGGACUCCCAAUAGGAAUUACUGCUUGCAUAGAAUGUUACUUGAUUUGCCAGCUGAAAAUGUGUCUAAUGUUCAGUUCUCUAUUAAGACCAAGUUUCCUUUUGAUUCUAUUUGGGUAAAGGAACAGAAUUGUCACUUGAAUAUGAUGUUAGUAAAAGAAAGAGAUGGUAACGUUGAUGGGUUUGUUGAAGUAGAAGGAGAGGCAUCGUGUAGUUUUAUAUCAGAUGCAAAGAAGUCACAAAUUGUUGCUAAAAGGGAUUUGGUUCCAAGGACUGAAAUAGGUGUUGAGUCUGGUAUGAUAGAAUCUCCAGGUGUGAAAGAAGAGAGGUUUGAUCUCAAGGGUAAGGGGGUCGAGAAUCAGAUGCCAAAGGGUGGCAUUCGUCGGCGUAGAAAAGUUGGUGCUGCGUGUGGAAUAUUAUCUUCUGUUUCAUCCUAUGAUCCUUCAUCUGAAGACAAACAGGAUAUUCCUCUGAAUCCUAGCAUCAACAACGAAGGAAAUGAAAUAAUUGAGGGCAGCUCAAUGCCUGCUACUGCUGGAAUUGAUGCUAAUCAUCAGUGUAAAUUGUGCUUUUUAUUGUUGUUUCAAUGCAUUUUAUUUGUUUCACUGAAGUGUUAUACCUUCAUCAAUGAAAAAUUUUACUCUUUAUCCUUGUUUCGGUGCAUUUUCCUUGUAGAUUAA